AGCGAACGGUGGUUCAGUUUGCUUUCGUUGAUCGUCGAGGAAGGUCGGUAACAGUGUGCCAUCUGGCGUCGUACCAGUUUUAACGCACGUUGCGAUUCUUCCUCUCGAUAUAUUCGAGAUCACGAUCGAUCUCCCAUUUUCUAGAAACGACGUGGUGAACGUAGUCGUGGAUUACCGUGUGCCAACGACACAGUGUGUGAAUGUGGUCGUGAUACGAAUGAAGAUCAGUUAGUGACUAAGAAGUGCACUCUACUGUGAGUAAAGUGUCAAAUGCCAGCGGAUCAUGAAUACGAUGAUACGAAACUGGAUUCUCUGCACCCUUUUUCUACUGGGAUACGUUCAAGAAUGUUGGCAGCUGGUAAUAAAAACCAUGAACAUACCAUCAAUGGUGAAAGCCGACGACACCGAUUACGUGAUUCUGGACUGCGACUACGAUCUCGAGGACACGCCGAGCAAGGGAUUAGUCGUAAAAUGGUUCUUCAAUGCCAACGAAGUGGCUUACCAAUGGAUAUACGGUAGGGACCCUUUGGCCGGGGACAUUACGCGGAAGUACGUCGAUCUGAAGUACAAAGCCAGCGACGAUCCGUACACCACGUAUCGAGCCAUGAAAUUGAAUAAGCCUGGUAUCGAUCUUACUGGCGAAUACAAGUGCGUCAUAUCCACUUACGCGGACGAACGGUCCGCGAGUUCCUCCAUGGUUGUGUAUUCAACGGAGGACAAAUUCGAUCUUGUAUAUAGAAAGAAAACUAUAGAUGAUAAGGAUGGAGUGGAGAUAACGUGCAUGGCAGAAGGGUUAUAUCCAAUACCUACUUUGGAUAUAUCUAUCGAGGGUGUCCUGGAAAAACAAGCAGCAAAGCCCACUGUUACGCUGCGUGCUGAUGGACUGUACGAUAUCUUAUCACGAACGGCCUUACUGGACGAAGAUUUACCGGAAACAGCGAUUGUCAAAUGCUUGCUCGGUAUACCGAAGGUGAAUUACAAUGUUUCCCGCAAAACCGUCUACUAUCCCGGACCGCCUACUACUACUUCAACCUCUACAACGAAGCUGCUGCAAAAAAUGGAGAUCCAAGCGCUAAACAAGUCAGAGCCUGGCAAUGGUGGUGGAAAUUUGGCUGGUCGAUUGUCAAUUAACAUCCUGCUAGUUGUGUUACAUCUGGCAUUAAUCAACAUGUUUAAUUGAUCGUUUAAUCAUUAGAUCACCGCCUAAAAUGAAAUUUGAAACGACUUGGGAAUGUACGUGUAAAAAUCCAUCAUUUCGAUUUAUCAUCUACUACGCCUAAAAUACUUAUCGACAAACACAGUGUGCCCAUUAAUGUUGUUUCACAAAAUGCGAUAAAGUCAAGUGUCGAA